CCUGUAUUUCAUUCUAAUUCCCAUCAAAGUUGGUGGGGUAGCUAUGCUUUCCCUUUAUCAGAUUCGUAUAUCUAACAUAGUAGAAGCAAAACAUUAAGAAAAGAAAGUAAAAAUCCCUUCAAAACAACAAAACAGAAGCUCUACACUUUAUCAGCUCUCACUCUCCUACACAAGAACACUUCAAAGGUGCAGCCUGGUUUUUCCCCCCCUUUUUAGAUGAAGUCAAAUAUGGCUAAGCGUUUUCAAGACCUGUCUUCCAAGAGGCAGUUUCACUGGACAGCCAAAAUCAGUAAUGAAGAAGCAGAAGUAGAAGAAUAUCCAUCCCUAAAUCCCUCUUCAAACAAAAACAUAACUUCAAAAGUAACCCCUGAAGUGUCAAGGACCAACUCCAAGUCUUCUUCUUUAAACACUAUCCAUGACAACAAGACAGAUGACAAGAAUUUAAAUCAAGAAUCAGCUACAGCAACUUCAUCAGCAUCAGUUACAACAACAAGAAGGAAACUGCAAACUAUAACAGUGGCCAGGCUAAAGUCUGUCCUUAUAGCAAUUGGCAGAAACAGGAUACACUUCCAACAAGGACUUGGAACAAGAGUUGUAGGCACCCUUUUCGGCCACAAGCGUGGAUACGUACAUUUUGCAUUUCAGAAAGAUCCCAAUUCACAACCAGCUUUCUUGAUUGAGCUUGCCACUCCUAUAACUGUAUUAGUCCAAGAAAUGGCAUCAGGCCUAGUUAGAAUAGCAUUGGAAUGUGACAAGGAGGAAGAAAAGAAGGUGGGAAAAUUGAUAGAUGAGCCUAAAUGGAAAACUUACUGUAAUGGAAAGAAGUGUGGUUAUGCGACAAGACGGGAAUGUGGGCCGAAAGAAUUGCAGAUACUUAAAGUUGUGGAGCCAAUUUCAACUGGUGCUGGUGUUUUGCCAGGGAAUGAAAAUGGGGUUGCUGACUCUGGUGAUAUUAUGUAUAUGAGGGCCAAGUUUGAGAGAGUUGUUGGCUCUAGAGAUUCAGAGGCAUUUUAUAUGAUGAAUCCUGAUAGAAAUGGAGCUCCUGAACUUAGUUUCUACUUGCUUAGAGUCUAAGUAGCCAAUGGAAGAUCCCAAUUUCCAAUGACUUAGUUUUGCUUUUCUCUUUUCUUUAAGAGAGUUAAACUGAACUAUAAUCCUUUCUUGAUCUAACUUCCAAAGACAUGGAGGUCUAGCCAUGUCCAAAGUUUUAGUAUUUUCCCCCUUUUUUUCCUUCUUGUUUUGAAGAAAAUGUGGUUAGAGAAUGGUAUAUGGUUAAUGGUAUACUGUAUUUUUUCUCUUUUGGGUGGUA